AUGAGGAUCUUGUUCUGUGUCCAAGAGCAGUGGAAAGAGAAGAAGGAAAUAGGCAAAAAGCUGUCUUUUAAACACAAGGUGAACAUGCUGGAUCAGGGCAAUCACCCAUCUAGUUCAGCAUCCCAACUGAUCCCUGUGGAAAGCCUGCAAGCUGGACAAGACUGCAACAAUAUUCUGUUCAUCAGCAAUUCCCAGCACCCAUUAUUUAGAAGCAGAACUUCUUUUGACAGUGGAAGUAAGCCUCUACCUGCAUCAAUUCCCUUGUUGAUCCACCUCUGCUCUGAGUCUCCUAAUCUUUCUAGAAUGAUGGAGGCACUCCUGAGCGCAUGUCUCCUCUUGGCCAUGAUUUCUCCAGGGAAAUCCCAAGUGCAACUUUCAAAUAGAUGCUCGUCAUCCCGCUAUUGCUUCUCAGGUGAUUACAGCUUCACUGCAGGGAAUGGUAAAUUCUUUCAGACAAAGAAGCACUGCUGCAACACUGAACUGUGCAACAAUGCAACUCUCAGCCUUCCUGAUCGCAACAUGCUGACUGAAAAUGGUCUGCAGUGCCCAUCCUGCUUCUCCAAAGGAGAGGAAAAGUGUGAAAGUGAGAAGACCAUCAACUGUCUUGAGAAUGAGACCCAGUGUGUUGAUUUUCAAGGAGUUCUUAAUAUAGCUCUCUUUCUGCAGCACCAUGAUUUCACUUUCCAAGGUUGUGGAACAACAGAUUUUUGUGCCAUCCAGAGAAAUGAAAGAAGAAUAAUCAGAAUUGGGAGCUUUGUCCUUCUUGUUAAGCAAAUAAACUGUUAUAAUGCUUUACGAAUCUCACACCAGCUUGAACAUGAAGGGUGA